CUCCGCUGCGGGGGGGGGGCGCAAGCGGGCGGCCGGGGAGGGGCCGGCACCGCCGCCGCAAAAUGAGCCUGCUGUCGGCCAUCGACACGAGCGCCGCUUCGGUGUACCAGCCCGCCCAGCUGCUCAACUGGGUCUACCUGUCGCUUCAGGACACGCACCAGGCGAGCGCCUUCGAUGCUUUUCGGCCCGAGCCGCCCGCUGGCGCCGCGCCCCCAGAGCUGGCCUUCGGGAAGGGCCGCCCGGAGCAGCUGGGCUCGCCCCUGCACUCCAGCUAUCUCAACAGCUUCUUCCAGCUGCAGCGCGGAGAGGCACUGAGCAGCAGCGUAUACAAGAGCGCCUCGCCCUACGGCUCCCUCAACAACAUCGCCGAUGGCCUCAGCUCCCUCACUGAGCACUUCUCAGACCUGACGCUCACCUCUGAGACCCGCAAGCCCAGCAAGAGGCCCCCACCCAACUACCUGUGCCACCUGUGCUUCAACAAAGGACACUACAUCAAGGACUGCCCCCAGGCACGCCCCAAAGGUGAGGGUCUGACCCCGUACCAGGGCAAAAAGCGCUGUUUCGGCGAGUACAAGUGUCCCAAGUGCAAGAGAAAAUGGAUGAGCGGGAACUCGUGGGCCAACAUGGGUCAGGAGUGCAUUAAGUGCCACAUCAACGUGUAUCCGCACAAGCAGAGACCUCUGGAGAAGCCCGACGGCCUGGACGUGUCCGACCAGAGCAAGGAGCACCCCCAGCACCUCUGCGAGAAGUGCAAGGUGCUGGGUUAUUACUGCCGCCGGGUGCAGUGAGCCGGCCGCCGCCCGCCGCGCCCGCAGCCGCCUGCCCAGCCGCCAGAGGAGCCGCCCCUGCCCAGGUCUCUCCGCCGUGCCGCGGGUCCUGCAGCCUUACACGCCUAGCCAGGGCUGUCUUAGGUUCUCGUCUCAUUGUGUUGACAAACAGUGUUAUGGACGUGGCUGCCCCCACAGGACGCCGGGUCUCUGGGACUCUCUACAGGUGCGCCUGGGGCUCUGUGUGGAGGGGACAAGUGUGAGCAGAGGUCAGCACCCAGGGCCCCAGAAAGCCCUUGGUGUGUCCCCUGCCGGCGGUCUUCCUCUGAGACUCCCUUUGGGGUGAGCAGCCUUGUAUUGGCCACAAGUGCACUAAAUGUACUGUGAAUCCCAAGGCCUGCAGGGGACUGUCUCCCCAAGACUAGCCAGGCCCCCUUCUCUACCCAGAACCUUCCAGUUUGCCCUGUGUGCAAAGCCACUCUCAGAGAGCUGUAUGUUUCUGUCCAGUUUGAGUCAGCAAUCCUGGCGAGCUGACGCCUGUUCUAGCAGCUGCUGGGGAGUGGAUGUCUCUGCCCCCUGCCCACCAUGAGCCCCAAACCUCACUGCCUGUGACAUCAUUAGCAUGGCAUACCCCAGACCCAGAGGUCAGGGACAGGGAGGUGCUGAAUGUGGGACAGUGUUCCACGGCGUGACGUGGGGCACCUCAGACAAUGCCUCCCCUCGCCCCCCACCACACACUUCUCCCCCUUGGGAUUGGAUUUCGUGCUUGGAUUGUCAGGCUGCUUCCCUACCCCUCUCCUUCACCCCCACCCACACUGGGGUCCACGCCCUGAUCGAGGCCGUAGGGCCAGGCGGGAAGACACUCUGGCUGGACAGACACGGACCUGGUGGUCUGGAGACCCAGGUUCAUGUCCUGGCCCUGCUGCUCACACACUACGAAGCCUCGGGAAGGACUUCCUAUCUCCGGCCCUCAGGGCGCCUACUAGUUCAGUGACAGAGCGGCUCCGGGGCACGCAGGCCCAUCUCAGCUCUGGUGUUGUGGGGUUCACAUGGAGCUUUAUCCAGAGAGGCUCGCCAAGCCCCACACCACACGCAGUCACCUGUCAGUCACUUAGGACAGAGCUGAGGGAUGCCGGUUCACCCGGUCACUGCCUAUAACCCCCGCCCUGUCUGAUGUCCCCACCCCACCCCAGCAAAAAUGAGGGAGAAGGAUCCCCCCUCACACAGGGCAACCCCAAUGUAAGCUACAGAAUCUCUCUUUUAUAAAAUGGGGACGAUGAUUUCCUACCUCCCAAGGGAGCAGGGAGGCCGCUGGGCAAGUCACGUUGGUCAGGGAGACCACUGUCCUGGCUGGUGGGAGGGAUCACGCUCGCCUCUCUCCUCUCUCCCCUGUGAGAAGCCCUAUUUUUACUGUCCCAUCGUCCCUCCUUUCUCCCAGGGAGAGGGAGAGAGUCAGCUGGCGGGACUGGGUCACUUGAUUUUGCCCCAACGUUAUGCCUCUGUGGAAAAAAAAAAAAAUCAGACCAUGAAAUGGGCCUGAAAUUCAGUGUUUACCAUGGCUCAAGGUCACCCAACUGGGGCCUGGUCACCUUUUGCUUUCAAAUGAAAAUGCUGUGUACAACUGAGGAGUUAACAGUGAAGUGAUAACCAGGGGUCCAGGGAGCAAGUUGAAGAGAUGGUGUGAGUGUGUUUGCAGCCCCGCGGGGGGGGGGGGCGGUUCAGGGGAGAUGUCAGGGGCCAUGCCCUCUGAGCACUUAACAAGAGGAUAUUUGCUCCAGCCUGAGCCCUGUGGCCACCUCCCCGCUGCCCACAGGGGCAGAGCGCCCAGCAACCGACUGUGAACACCCUUGCCUCCCACCGAGGAAUCCCUCCCAACUGUUCCCUGUGUUCUCCGCGGUGGCAAGGUGAGCUGGAGUCGUCCCGGCCCAAGGCUCUCUGUCCCCGAGGGGAAGCUGUCACUGUCAGUCAUCCUAGUGCACCGAGGAAGGUAGUGUCCACAGUGGCGGCCCAUGUGCUGGUCUCUUCCGUGACGAUCAGGACCCAACCCUUCCAGGGACCUGGCCCUAGAGGGGGGGUCUUGACCCCAGGAGGCCCGGAGCCUGCCAAACGUGCUGCGGUGGUCAGGGCAGCCCACACCCUAAAAAGAACGCAGGCUCCAGACUGCUGGAGACCAGGGCCUUCCCCGGGCCAGUAGGAAAUGGGAUAUCACCCCAAAGUGACCUUCUCAGGAGGCCUGUCCAGCCGGUAGCGGCCGCCCCUGCCAUCUGCGCGGGGCUGGCCGGCGUGGGGGCUGGGCCCUCCUGCCCCAGGCAGCCCAUCCGCAUUCCCCACCCCUGCAUGGCUCUGGCUGAACGUGGGAGCUCUCUGUGGGCAGCAGGAGCUGUGCUGUCCAGGCCGGGUGCCGUGAGGACGAAGUGCUCAGAGGGCCCAAGAGCCCCAGAGACGAGAAAGUGUGUGGCUCGUAUGUUCAAAAGGGACAAUCGUCUGCAGUGAGUCGAUCUAGUGAUCCAGCUGGGAGAUAACAGUGUUUAACCCAUAUGAAGUAUUCGGUAGCUCUACUUGUGAAUUUGUAUUUAUUUUGAGUUAUACUUGACACAGAAUUCCUUUUUUUUUUUUAAGAAAAAUACUAUGUGUGUAUUUUGAAAAAAAAAUCAUAGAUGUUAAAAUUUCUUCUGGUUACCCAUUUUUCUCACAACACUGAAUUUGUUACCUUCUCCCGAAAAACAUCUUCACAGUGAUCUUUGUCUGUAUAUAUUUGAGGGCCUUUUUUUAAAAAAAGAAAAAGAAAAGAAAAAUAUAAUUGUUUGAUUUUUGAGGAAAAAAACAAAAGGAGAGGCAUUUUCAAAGUUCAGAGCGUUCAGGAGGGCAGUAGAAUAUCAAAUGAAGAUUUCUGGAAGUAUUUUUGCAAACCUUCUGGUUGAGCUGCAAGAAAAUAUUUAUGGUGAGAACUUUUCUCUUUUUUUCCUGUUGGGUUUUGUUUGUUUGUUGAUUUUUUACUAUGCUUUGAUCUGUAAAAAGUAUGCAACUGAACUACAUUAAGAAGGAAAUAUUGUCUACAUGGAAUAUUAUAUGAAGUUGGUACAUAAUUCUGAUGAGGAAAAAAAAUCUUUGCAAUUCUUUAAGCCAUAUUGUUGUUCUUCUCUGUUGUUUUCCUUGGAUGAAAAUAUCAGUAUUAAGUAGCCAAGCAUAUUAUUCAAAUGCUUAGACUUAUUAAUAUGUUCGUGUCCUGUAUUUAUACAUAUGUGUAUUUUGGAAAGUAUUGCUUUUUCUAAGGGAAGCUAUUAUUAGAUACGUAGCCAAAAAGGGAAUAGUGACCCCUUUGAGCCUCUUCAGCUGAGGGUAACAAACACAGCAUUGUAAUCCAUUCUCUUGCACCUUCUUAUUAUUAUCUUGUUAUUAUGGUUAUUAACUUUGUGGUGUGGGGGGACAGGGAGUGGGCCAGGGGAAGAAGGGGCCUCGCAGUGUUACACAGCCAGCCCCUCCUCGGUUGGCCAGCUCCAAAGAUGGCCUCCUUGGCCUGGCGGAGGGCUCCUGUCAGCGGGGCCCAGGAGGGAAGAGGAAACAGGAGCAGACUUCUCUACGCUCCUCUUUGGAGCUUUACCAUCUGAGCCACGCCUCUGGGCCCCGCGCUCUUUGAACUUGGAUGCGUCAACCAGAGCCUUUACACCUGGCCUCCAACAUCUAAUAGACUUGAAUGUACUCUAAAUGAAUACUGAAUCCAACAUCACUACAUUGUAGCCCAGUGCAACAACUAAUCCUGAAGUUUGGGAGGCAUUCCGGCCCGCAGGGAGGUGGCUGAGCCAUCCCCCAAGGGCUGGUGGCAGAAGGGCCCAUCGCCGUCUGUCGCCAGCCUCGCCGUCGGACCUCCUCCGCUCCCGUGUGGUGACCCUGUCCAUGUCUGUAUCUGUUAAUACGUGUGUGUCCAGCUAAAAAGACAAACAGAACCCGUGGGCCCAGCUCAGAGGGUGCAUGGAGAAGGCUCCCGACCUCUCCGAAGGGCCGCCCUCGGGAUGGCAUUCCGUUGUGUGCCUUAUUCCUGGAAAAUCUGUAUACAGCUUGCCUAUAGCAAUAUAGCCUUUUCAUGCUGUAUUAAAAGAACUUUUAAAAGCAA